AUGCCGAAACAAUCUAAUCGUGAUUAUUCUAAGUUGUAUAUAGAAGCUGCAAAGGAAUUAUACAAAGGACGCGAUGUCGAUGAAGUUAUUGUUGAAUAUUCAAGAAAAGCACCUCUAUGUGAAACACCAGCUGACCAAAUAAAACUUAUUAAAGCUGUUGAAAAUUUAGAAAGAAAAAAAUUUGCCAAAAAAAAUCCAAAUUUAUUCGAAUUGAAUCGACAAUUACAACAAUAUAAACGUUAUGUACGAACAUUGCGAUUUGAAAAUCAACGAUUUAGGAGAAAGUAUUAUUCAUUAAAAUCUUUGGUAAGAAAUAAAACCAAUGUUACGAUUGGGUCAUCAUGUGAAGAUAUUGAUGUUUCAGAUUCUGAAACAGAUUGUGAUGAUAAUAGUAGUCAUGGGAGAUAG